GUCGACAUAUGUGUUCCGGCAACGUGCAACCGAGUAUUUUUGGUGAAUUUCUCGUGAACACCGUGCAUCCUGGGCUGAAUAGACGUCGUACGAAGUUAUGGUGACUACGGACAGCAAAACUGAACCGCUCCCUGACUCCGAGAUGGAGAUGGAGAGCGACGAGGAGCCCGACUUCUCCGAUCCCGAAGACUUUGUUGACCAGAUCAACGAUGAAGAGCUGCUCGCCGAUCUCUACCAGAAGCGACCAGCGGAAGCAGAGGGUUUGGAGUCCGUUAUAAUCUGCGACAACAUUCCAGUAAUCGACACAACAGAAGGGACCCGUUUCGAGAAAUUGAAAACGGUUCUCCAGAAGCUUUUCCGGCCGUUCGGCGACAUCAACUCCUGGGAGUUCCCCAUCGGAGCCGAUGGAAAAAACAAAGGCUUCAUGUUUAUCGAAUACAGGGACGCGUCGUGCGCGAUGGAAGCAGUACGCGCUCUGAACGGACACAAACUCGACAAAAACCACACGUUCAUCGUUUGUCCAUUCACCGACUUCCAGAAGUACGAGUCCAUGUCGGAAGACUGGCAUCCACCUCAACCUCAGCCAUACAAAUCGCAUGGUAACCUAAGCUAUUUCCUGCUCGAGCCCGACUGCCGAGAUCAGUUUGUUGUGACGUUCGAGAACGGCCGAAAGGUUACCAUGUAUCUUCACGGCUUCCAAGAGGAUUCGGUGCUGCUCGAACGCGAGAACUUCUCCGAUUUGGCUGUCAUGUGGUCGCCGAGAGGAACUUUCCUCGCGACCUUCCAUGAACAGGGCAUCCAAUUGUGGGGAGGUGAAAAAUGGGAUAAAGUUGGCAAGUUCAAGCAUUAUAAGGUGCGUUUCAUCGACUUCUCACCGUGUGAGCAAUAUCUGGUCACUUUCAACGAAGGAGCCGUGAGCAAAAGCACGGCCCCAGACCUCAGUGAGGACGAGCGGAAACCUUGUGUGAUCGUAUGGGACAUCCUCACCGGACAGAGACGACGUACCUUCCAACCUUCCGAAGAAAUCAUGUGGCCAAUGUUCAAAUGGAGUCACGACGACCGCUAUUUCGCUCGUCAGGGCGAGGACCAAAUCCAGAUCUACGAAACUCCCAGCUGUGGUCUGCUCGACAUGAAGUCAAUCAAAGUCACCGGAGUCAAAUCGUUCAGUUGGUGCCCGACCAUGAACAUCAUGGCCUACUGGGUUUCGGAGAACCGGGACGUGCCCGCCAGAGUCACCCUCAUCGAGAUUCCCUCCCGGAAAGAAUUAAGAUCGAAGAAUUUGUACAACGUCGCCGAUUGUAAAAUGUGUUGGCACAAGAACGGUGACUACAUUGCCGUCAAGGUCGAUAGGUAUCAAAAAUUGAAGAAGGAGGGCAACCAGACGAAGUACAGCGGCAUGUCGUUCAAUUUCGAAGUAUUCAUGAUCCGCGAGAAGAACAUCCCUGUCGACUCCGUGGAGUUGAAAGACUCGUGCGUUACACAGCUUGCCUGGGAGCCGAACGGCUCGAAGUUCGCCGUCGUUCACGGCGAGGGCCAGCACGCCUCCGUCUCAUUCUACCAGGUGAAGCAGGCCAGCGUCGUACUAAUGAAACGCAUGGAGAAGAAAUCAUGUAAUCGGUUACUGUGGUCUCCGAACGGCCAGAUCAUCUUGCUGGCAGGUCUCAAGAACCUCAAUGGAACGCUCGAGUUCCUGGACACCGGAAACGACUUCACGAGCAUGGUUGCCACGGAACACUUCCGUUGUACCGACAUCGAGUGGGAUCCUACCGGGCGCUAUGUCGUGACCGCAGUGUCAGCGUGGGCUGGUGACCGAUCCGACAACGCCUACUGGAUUUGGAGCUUCCAGGGGAAACUACUUCGCAAAGCUGCCCCCACAGGGUACUGCGCGUUCCUAUGGCGACCCCGACCACGCAGCCUCCUCACCGAAGAGCACCUCAAGGAGAUCAAGAAGAAUUUCAAGAAAUAUUCGCAGCAGUUCAGCCUGAAGGAUCGUGCCUCCAUGAGCAAGGUGUCCAAGGACAUCAUGGAGAAGAGACAGCGGCUCAUGGAGCUCCAUCGCGCUUGGUUGCAGCAGAAGCAUGAGAAGCUCGAAGCGCAGAGAUCUCUAAGAAUCGAGUUGCGAGGAGGAAUCGACACGGACACAUUGGAUGCCAAUCCCGAUGAGCUGGAAGAGGAGACCCUAUUCAUUUUGGUUAAGGAAGAAAGCGUACCCCUCCCCGCGUAGACCCUAGGAUCACCCAGCUGGAGACUUCUCCGAAACUCGACAGAGCUCUUGUCAGCAAACUCGGACGGAUUCGUUGCGGUCGCAUGAACGUCGUCUCGUAUCGGUUGGAACUCUCGAUCCCCAACGGAAUACAAUAAAGCUUGAAUUGGUGACGAAUGAUAACAGCCGGCAUCGACCCAGAGUCUAGCCGCUCGAGUUUUCAAAGAAAGCAACCA